AUGUGCCAAAAAGAUGCCCUUUUCUUCUUAUAAAAUUAGAAGCAUGUAGAGUGCCUCCUCAAGCAUCUUUCUUGGCCAACUCUCUUUAUUCUCCGCUCUCUUUGAUCUUUCUCAGUUCAUGCGAACUUUUCCUAACUCAUUCAGCCAUGGAGGUUGCGUCUGGAAGCGGUGACAAAGCUGGGUUUUUCACUCAAGGACGCUCGUGGCUCAAGGCCUUGCCUGUGAAGUUCAAAGCUAACAUGGUUGGUAUGGCUUGGAAUAUAAAGAAGCUUGGACAAGAAGAUCCAAGAAGAGUUGUUCAUUCACUAAAAGUAGGAUUAGCACUUACAUUGGUAUCAACACUCUACUACUUAAGCCUGUCUAAGACUUUUGGUGUCGAUGCCAUAUGGGCUGUUAUGACUGUUGUCCUGGUCUUUGAAUUCUCCGUGGGGGCUACUCUUGGAAAAGGAUUGAAUAGAGGAAUGGCAACACUUCUGGCUGGUGGACUAAGUAUUGGAGCCCAUCACCUAGCAAAACUCACUGGACAUAUUGGACAACCUAUACUAAUUCUGUUCCUUGUCUUUCUACAAGCUACUAUAUCAACAUUUUUAAGGUUCUUUCCGAAAAUUAAAGCAAGAUAUGAUUAUGGGAUGUUAAUAUUCAUUUUGACCUUCUCUAUGAUAACGGUAUCUGGUUUUCGACAAGAUCAAAUAUUAGAGUUAGCACAUAAAAGAUUAUCAACCGUCAGCAUAGGUGCUGCUGCUUGUGUCAUCGUUUCUAUUGUGGUUUUCCCUGUGUGGGCUGGUGAAGAUCUUCACAAUCUGAUCGCUCUCAACAUUGAAAAGCUUGGCAACUCCUUAGAAGGAUUUGGUGAUGAAUACUUCAAAAGAACAGGGGGUGAAGAGAGCAAAGACGACAAGAAAUUUUUGGAAGGAUACAAAAGUGUUCUCAAUUCAAAAAAUAGUGAAGAAUCCUUGGCUAAUUUUGCUGCAUGGGAACCAUGUCAUGGUCGGUUCCCAUUUCGACAUCCAUGGAAACUAUACCUGAAAGUUGGGACUCUGGCUCGAGAAUGUGCCUACCGAAUUCAAGCAUUGAAUGGAUGCUUAAAUGCUGACAUUCAGGUAUAAGAAAGGAAAUUAGCUCCCUAGCAGCUAUCUCAUCUUUGAUGUCUAAAUACAAUGUGAUAAGCUAC